CACAACCCCACCGUGUCAGCGUAGCCCCAGAGCCUGCCGCUUGUUGUCAGGGGAAAACUUGGAGCUUUGGAGAAUAGAUGGACCUUAGAAGUUCAGAGGUUUAUGGGAAAGAGCUGGGAGUGACCUGGGGAGUCUGCGUCAUCUCCGUCAUUUUGCGUAAGAGGAAACUAAGAGAGUUUCCUGCUAUAACUGAUGAAACUGUCUCCACUGAGGCCUUCCUGGUGGGACGAAAUCUUCACUGAUUUUGGGUCCUGGCCCCCUGAGGCAGGCAGUCUGGUGGAGCCUCAGGACCCUUCUCAGUCGUGUGUUUAAAUGCAUAAAAGAACAUACAUCGGAUGACAGAGGAAGCCUGGAGUCAAAUGCGGUUAUGAAAAGAGAGAUUUUUUUAGAAGUUCCCAGGCUUUAACCAGGGUUAAGAAGCCCUGGAAGAGGAGCCAGGAGUCAGAGCGGCCCCGGGUGGUGCCAAGGAGCUCAGCUGGAAGGUUGCCUUGGCCUUGGCUCUCUGUGGACGGCUGAAAAUGGCCAGCAAAGGGCCCACGACCUCGACGUCCCCUGAGAACUCCAGCGCGGGGGGCACAAGUGGCAGCAGCAGCAACGGCCCCGGCGAGAACGGCAGUCAGGACAGCACCUUCGAGUGCAACAUCUGCUUGGACACGGCCAAAGACGCAGUCAUCAGCCUCUGUGGCCACCUCUUCUGUUGGCCAUGUUUACAUCAGUGGUUGGAGACCAGGCCAAACAGACAAGUGUGUCCGGUGUGCAAAGCCGGGAUCAGCCGAGACAAAGUGAUCCCUCUGUACGGAAGGGGCAGCACGGGGCAGCAGGAUCCCAGAGAGAAGACACCUCCCCGGCCUCAAGGACAGAGACCAGAGCCCGAAAACAGAGGGGGAUUUCAAGGCUUUGGCUUUGGAGAUGGCGGCUUCCAGAUGUCUUUUGGGAUUGGAGCCUUUCCUUUUGGGAUCUUUGCCACGGCGUUUAACAUAAAUGAUGGGCGGCCUCCUCCAGCUGUUCCCGGGACUCCCCAGUAUGUGGAUGAGCAGUUCCUGUCGCGGCUUUUCCUGUUUGUGGCCCUGGUGAUCAUGUUUUGGCUUUUGAUCGCGUAACCAUUUGUCUGUGGCCUGGGUAGUGGGCGGCAGCAGGGCCUCUGACCUGGUUAGCACCCCUCCCCCACCCCCCCUUUGCACCCCUCACUGCCUGGCUCCUGAGCUCACCCCGGGGCCCAGGAAUCAACGGGGUCAGAGACACAGGGAGGACCCUGGCUUCCGGGAGCAGAGCUUUGGCAUGAAAUGAACUAGAUUUUGGCUGACGAGUCCCAUGUCGGUGUGGUCGCACUCUCGCCUCGGGCCCUGCCUGAGCAGCAUAACCACUUAGAGCCCCGAGCCUGCCAGCUCAGAGGGGACUGACCUGAGGUGGGGAGGCCCUGGGAGAGAGGAGCCCCUGUGCUGUCAUCUGCACACAUCGCAAAAGUAAAAGGAAGGACCAAACGGUGUUCUUUGGAACUCUGGACCUCAUCUCCUUAGACUCUGCAGAACACUAUGUCCAACAGCAGUCUGUUCCUGACUGCGGGUGUGGACCACCUAUGCACACAAGAGCCCGAGGCCAGGGCCCGGGGCUUGCCUUCUGCGCCCAGCCUCCCAGCCCGGUCUUCCUCCCUGCUGUUCCUUAUGCUUCCUCAGAUGAGCCCCGGGGCCGGCAGCAGCGCUGUCUGAAUCAGCACACACUGUCUCUGGUAGCUUGGCGCAUUUGAGCGGCUUCCUACUGGGCUCAGGCCUCGGAGAGGCCUUGGCCGCCACCUUCCUUGGUAGAGCUGGCUGGCUCUGCUUGUGGGCUUCCCAUCCCCUUCCCGGGAAUUGUAGCCAGGCUGGCCUCUCUCUACCAAGAGGGGUAAUGGCAAGGGCUUCCUCAGGCCCCAAAGACAAAACUAAACAUCAGGGGAAAUUUGAGCCACUAAUAUUCUUUCCAAGGCUUAGUUUAAGCUUCAGUUAUUUGCAUCUCUCCCAGAAGAAUAAAACAGGCGUUCCCAAAGCAGCCCGCCUGGGGCCCUCUGGCCCUACAGGGUAGCGACUCAGCGCCAGCCCUGGCUGGACUCAUCCUGCAGACAGCCCAGCAGGGACGCUGCAGGAGGUCGCUGUGGCUUACCAAGCGAUGAGCUCUGUGUCUGUCCCCUGGAACCUCUUGGGUAAAUGCUCUUGAAAGUGAGGCUUCCUGAUGGCUGCUGGGCUUGGGUGACCCCUGCUGCCUCCGGAAGGGAGAGAGGUGCCUUUGACUCAUUAAUGGGUUCCUUCCCUCCUCAUACCUCUUCAUUCAGAAUCUUGGGAAGAAAGGUGCCUCGGUAUAAUCAUUUUUAAAAAUGCUUUUUCUUUGAAUCUGAUCAAUAAGAAGGUAGGGCGCCGAACGGCUUAUGAUGUACCAUCUUGUCAAAUUAUCUGUCCAUCUGUGUCUGUGUCUCCACCUGCCAAAUGUCUUUGGGUGCAAAAGGAUCCCCGACGUUGCUAUGGAGGAAACCCAGCCCUGAGAUUUCUCUGGGGAGUCUCUUCCCUCUGGCCCUCCUCAUUCUUGAGAUAGAAGGUCCUAGAAGGAAUUCAGCCCCUCCCUGCUUUUGGGAUGGGGCAGACCCAAGCAUUAGGUCCAAAGAUACCAGGAAAAGGGAAUGAAUAUGUCCCCUGCAACCUUUCUCCUCCCCCUCUCCAUCUUCGGACUUACCAAAGCCUGAACCCAGUGUUGAAAUGUUCAGAACCAAGUAUUCUGUAGGUGUUGCCUUGGCCAAGUCUACAUUAGAGAGGAUCGUGGAGACUGGUGCUUGGUUGGUGCCUGUGUGUGUGAUCAAGAAGCUUGUCCCCCUGGGGCCCCCCAACCUCGGAUGAGCCUUCUUCAAUUAGCCCUCCAGAAUCCCCUGGCCUGGGGAGCUUUUGGAGCUUAAAGCCCAAGGUUGGGGAGUUUCAGGAGUGGUUACUGGCCAGGUGGUGGUCCAGGGCCCCGUCCUUCCUGUGAGAGAGAGGCGGGAGGAGGGCAGUUUGUUUACGAAAGAGGGACGGAUCCCUUGGAAUCUACGGCAGUGAUGGAAAAAGGUUAUCCGAAUGGAGCCCGGCUCUCAUUGUCUUUGAGCUGUGGUAAGCUUCACCUGCCUUUGCCAGGAGUGGGGCACAGAGGCGGCAGCAGCACCCCCAGAUUUGGGACUGCUGGCCCAGCCCCGGGGCGCCGUCCCCUCCACCUGGCCAUUCAGUGACCUUCUGCUUCUUUUCCAAGUUAAUGCAUUUUUUCUUCCUUUGGGAGCUGUUCGCCCUUUCUCUCCUUUUUAUUCCAUUGUAUUAGUUAGGACUGUGCUCUGGCCACAGUUAGACCAUCAAUGACACUAUGUACCUUGAGAUACAUUUGCCAGUUACUAAUUUUCACUGUUGUGAAAGUGAUUUGAUUUAGAAGAAAAAUAAAAAUGGUUUUACAUUGAA